CUCUCUCUCUCCUCCUGUUGCUGUUAAUGGUACUGGGCUUGCUUUUGGGUGGAGAACCGGAUGCCUUUGAUACGUGAGUGGGUGGGGUUGUUUCUUUCUUCCCCUCAAAUUGUAGCGUGAAGAAAAUUUUGAAAAUCGUCUCCUCCUCCUCCUCCACCUUCACCUCCUGCCUCAUAUUGGAUUUCUCCGUGGUCUCUCCUUGAUGCGCUUGAGAGGCUGAAGAAGCUUUAAAAUCUCAGCUGCCGUUUUCAAAGCUUGUUUGCUCUCUAUUUUGUUGUAGUAGGUGCUCAUGAAGGGGCAACAUCAGAUCUGCUAAAGGUGUCUAGUUUGGGGAUUUGUGUCGUCCCUUUGUAUUAAUCUUGAGGGGUUUUAAGUGAGCUCAAAUCCAUCUGUUAUGCUGGAGACUAAGGUCAAUAACCAGCCCAGUUGCAGUUUAGCUCUUGGGCUACAAAUACUGGAAGAGCUAGGCACCAAGGAGAAGAGGCCAUCUUCAGAUGUUAUCUCUUGUAAACUCUUCAGAUCCGUCGUGUUCAUCCUCUAAGGUUUCAGGAUUGAGAGCUGAUGAGAGGGAUUCUGGCCAGCUUCCACUUCAGGAGGCAGAUCCAGUCGUAAGAUUUGGUGAGGCACGGACUAGCAAUUUCUCAAUCAGAGACCAUGUUUUUGCGUUACGAAAUAAAAGCAUUGGCAAAAGUUGGCCAUUUCCUAGCCAGUUAUUGCAACUUUGUUUGAAAAAUGGCAUCCGAGAUUUACUGCCACCUUUUGAACCGCCUAAUUCUGUAAGAGCCCAUUGUUUCAUAAGGUCAGUAUCAGAAGCUGUAAAGGUCACAGUCAGUUCAUCACAGCUUGGAGAAACUGUUCAACAUGACGGUGAGGCUAACUCAACCCGAACUGAUCAAUUGUGUUUAUCGUCAGAUCAGCAAGAUCUUCUAAGGUGUUCAGAUAAAGGUGAAGCUCCAUGUUUGUGCGAGCAAGAUAAAUAUGAUCAUAACUUGGUAAAUGAUGUUUGUGAAAUUGGCUCGACAGUGACAAAUCACUGUGAUAUCGAUAUAUUCUCAGCGCCGAUAGGUGAACCCGAGCUAAAUAAGUGCAGGCUGAUACUAAAACCAGGAGUCAUACCUGAAACAAGCCUAGCAGAAGAGUACUCUACUACUUCUACAGCAUCUGAUAUCAUGGCAUCUAAGGUUUGUCCUGUGUGCAAGGCAUUUUCAUCCACCUCAAAUACAACUUUAAAUGCUCAUAUGGAUCAGUGUCUUUCCAUGGAGUCUGAGGCUACUCUGGCUGUGGACAAAUUGCCAAAGCUUAGGGUGAAGCCUAGGAAGAAAAGGCUGAUGGAGGAUAUUUAUGCCACUGCUCCUAUUUGCACGCUGGAAGAUCUUGAUAGGAGGAAUGGUUCAACCUGGGCAACUGAUUUAAGUGUGGCUGCGCUAUCUGCUGAGGCUAAUUCGGAGCCUAAAAAGCCCAAGUUGUCGCAUUUAGAACCUAGAGAUGAUAAGAAUGAAGGCGCAGUGUAUGUUGAUUCCAAUGGAAUUAAACUUCGGAUCUUGUCCAAGUUCAAUGAUGCUCCCCAAGCAUUAACGAGAGAAGAAGUUUGGCCAAGGAGGAAUAUCAAAAGUGUACAAGAUGGAAAGAUCAUUUUAAUCAAAAAGAAGAAUCAUUUUACCUCUACAUAUUCAAAGAAAAUUAAGCUAAAAUUGAGGAACAAGAAAUUAAGCUCCUUAAAGCUGUUCGAGAAUGAGGUCCAGGCAGAACCUGAAGUGGAUCAUCAUGAAGAAUCUCAUCUAGAGGACGAAGCAUCACCAGUUCAAUUAUCAGGUGAAGCAGAUCAAAGUCUUAGCUGUGGAUCGGCAACUUUAAAGAACUGGCCUAGCUCAAAACGCUCAGAUCUUGCCAAAAAAGUUGGCAAGAAAGACUUCCAUAAAAUCUUGGAGCGCACCAAACCUGAUACUCAUAUGGAAAUGUUGGCAUCGGAUACCCCUUCUUCUUCAAAAAGCUAUUUUGGAAAACUGUCUCAAUUAUUAGAAUCCAAAACAGUGGACUUGCCACCCAGUACUGUUCGAAACAAGGAGAAUCAGGAGAAAAGUUCUCAAAGAUGGCCAUCGGAAGGUAAUUCAGCUAAUGUUCUCCUGAAGCUGUCCAGAGUGCCAGAGUCUUUGGUGUCAGCAACAAGAAGCAAUAGUGAAGAAUUUUAUGUGGGGAGAAAACCAAAGUCUCAUAUUCAUCUUAAAACCAAGAAAAGAUCAGCUGAUCACACCUAUCAACUUCCUCUGAAAACCAAGAGAGUGUCAACAGUGAGCGGAUUGAACACUAGCGCCAUUAAGUUCCGCAAGCAUCAGUCGUUGCUUGCCUGGACGGAUCGGAGGAUAGGAGAAGCUUCCUAUGUGAGCAAUCCAAGACAGCAUAGAUCUGUCAAAGCUGUUUUGUCGGGACAAGAUAAAAAGCUCAUCACUAACCAACGCUCGCAUCCAUCAAGCAGUCAGUACCAAGAUACCCAAACAAGAAUUUCUGAUAAGCAAGUUAAUCAGAAAAUGGAUUUGGAUACUUUGGAGAAAGCUGAUACUAGCUGCAUUACACCUAAUCCCUUAGUCAGUCAAGAUCAAGACGUUCAGCACGACACUACUGAUAAAAGGAACUUGACAAUGCCAAUCCAAGAAAAUGAAAUGCCAGUGGCUCAAGUAUUGCUUGAACAAGAUAAGGCAGCACCAGAAAAAUUGGUAAAUAUAGGUGUUGAAUCUCAAGCUAAAGGUAAAUCUGCUCAAGAAUCUAGCGUUUUUUUAACUGAUCAUGGUGAUCUAGAAAUUGAUAUUCCAAGAGCAAACUCUACAACUGCCUUAGGUCCUUUAGUUCCAAAUCAAGAGAUUAAAUUGGUUAGUUGUAGAGAGCCAUCUAUUUCUCCUGCUUCAAGUGCUUCUACCAUUUCUCCUUCAUCUCCAAAUGAUUACCAUUCCAAAGCUUCAGUGCUUUCAACAACUCAAGGGAAGUUGAGUUUCCCAUUGCCAUUGAUGUUACCGAGUGAAGGAACUCAAGAAAUAGACAUGGAUAGAAAUCAACUUCUUGAACUGGAUUCCACUGUGAAGAAACCUCAUCAGCUUUCAGACUAUCAUCCUUGUUGCUGCUCCUGGCAAAGUAUCAUGGCUGGAAACACGCCACCUACAAAACAGAAACCUCUUCCUAAUCUCCAUAUCAGGCCAAGCAUCUCCUCCUUCUAUGCUUACUCAAGUUUGAAAUCUGAUGCAGCAAAUACACCAUCCCUGGAAUCGCCAACUGAAUCAAUUCUGACAAGAGCUUGCAGUGACGUUGGUUCCACAAGCCCAUCAAGUGGAACACCAACACAAUCUAGCUCAAAUUCCAUCCUUAGAUUAAUGGGAAAGGAUUUGAUGGUGGUGCACAAUGAAGAGUCUGCUCACCUGCCAAAGGCUCUUCUUCAAGCUACAGAUAACAACUCAACUGUGCAGACCUUGCCUUCACCCUUGGGUUUUGCUUCCUACGCCAGGCUUUCAAACCAUGAUACUUUCUCUUUCGCAGUUUGUAAUCAGUCUCCAUCAAUAACCAGUUCACAGGCACGCAACUGCUUACCCAGUUUUCACCAAAGAGAUAUGAACCAUAAAGCUUACACAACAAAGGAAGUGAUCGUAAUCGAUGACUCAGAUGAUGCUUUUGCGCCAAGAGAUACUUCUUCGCAUGUUCCAGUCUCACAUGCCAUGUUUCAGAGGCCAUUUACUUACUUUCCACCACAUAGCCAUCUCUUACCUAAAGAUAAUGGCCUUCGGCUGUCUAAUCCAACCAACCAAGUAAGCUCAGUUCCAGCCCCUCAUUUGCCAAGACCUUUUGUGUUCCAAUCUCCUUCAGCAAAUCAUAUGGAUCUCCCGUUUUAUUACCCACAGUCCUUGAGAUGACCAAGUCUUAGAAUGAAGGGAGAGUAAUUUGGUUGGAGAUGGGCACUUAUACCUACAGAAAUAUUUAGGAGGAAUAUAGCAUCUUUUGAAAUAGAUCUUUGGCCUUAUUUUGGUGUUGUAAUGACCAGGCUGGUAACUUCUGCAUAAAGUUGCAGUUUAAGCUAUCCUCAGGGUAUAUUUUAUGUUUUUUUUCUUGAAGAAGAAAAGAUAAACUUGGUAUUUUAUGCAGCUUUAGAAUAAACCAUUAAUCCUAAUGCAUUUAUGAGUCAAAAUAAGCCCUUGAAAUGGAUGUACUUUUCAAGACAAUUGGUGUUUUUCACAUA